UCGAGUCCGUCCGUCCGUCCGCAACAACCAGUCCGGUCAGGUAACUCAGUUUUCCCGCGACCUUCGGUUUGCGUAGUGGGCGCUCUUAGUUUUUCGUAUUUUCGUUAUUUUUCACGUUCCGUCCCCGGAUCGCGUUUACGUACUUUUUGUGUUUCAUACGUUUCUCAUGGCUCGCCGCCCGUUCGCGUUGUUAAUGUAACAUUUUCAAUAAUAUUAAUCAAAACCAUGGCAGAUCGAAGACCUAUACUCGUCUUAUCCUCUAUAUUAUUGUUGCUCGUCACGUGUCCUGUGGUAAAUCCUGCGACCCGUCUGGACCCUCAAAAGGAAUUAAUUCGUUUGGAAUGCACCGAGAGAUGCGGUUUACAGAAUGAAACAAAUAAACAUGGGGAACUCAUAUGUGGUGCUGAUUGUGUGGUAAAUCAGUGUAAUAAAGGAUGUGCAUUAUGGAAUGAAGCACUUAGUAGUAAUUGUUCAAAAGUCUGUGACAAACUUAAUGCAAAUUACAUCACUCAGAGCAAAUUAUAUUGUAUUGCAGGAUGCAACAAUGCUAUUACUUUAUAUUUUCAACAAAUUCAGUCUGAAAUUGGACCUUUACCACCUCCAUCAUUAGUGCCCGAUUCUUUAUCUGAUAAAUCUUUAAUGCUCCAAUGGAAGGGUAUAAGAAGAAAAAAUUUUAAGUAUAAAGUCCAAUGGAAAUUAGAAAAUAAUCCUGAAACCUGGCAAUAUUGUCGAAAAGAAUCAUGGAACAAUGAUUCAAUUAUAAAAUUGGAUAAUCUACGACCUUAUACAAAUUAUCAAUUUCGUAUAGUAUUACUAUUAGCAUGGUCCGGAGUAAUGCAAUUGAUGGUUUCUGAAUCAAGUGUAGUUAUCAGUACACACGCUAGUAAAGUGCCACCUUCAAUGUCACCAGAAAUUGUGAGAACGAUUCCUGCAGAUUCUAGUAUAUCAGUUACGUGGAACGCAAUUCCCUUUCCUUUAGCCCCUAUCCUGUCCUAUCAUUUGACAAUCCAAGAACCUACAAAAGGGUACACCGUCUUCAAGGAAAUAUUGACUGGUAAGGAAAAUGAAACGGAACAUUUUUAUAUGUUUCGUAAUUUAGAAUCUGCAAAAAAUUAUUCUAUUUCACUUGCUGCUAGAAAUGAAUAUGGUGUAGGACCAGAAACUAAUCAAUUUGUGAAAACACUUCCGACAUCAAUAAUAAGGUACACUCCCGAACCUAUUAAUUUAUUUCUUGUAUCUACCCAUGAUAUCUUCGUUAAAACUAAAGAAUUGAUUGAUUCACCUAUCAGUCUUUAUUUCACCAAUUGGACAAUCUAUGGUGUAUCAAUGGAUAUAUCUAAAAAUAUUACUUAUAUAUCCGAUUCUUCAGGUUCUUUACUAUCCUUAGUCAAUAAUAAAACUUAUGUUUUAUUAACAACUAAAAAAGAAAUAUUAAUGGAUCUCACUAUUGACUGGCUAAAUAAUCACCUUUAUAUUUUAAUUUUAUCCACAAUAAACAGUGAUACCAAAGUAUAUAGUAUAAAAAAAUUUGAUUUAGAACAGAAAAAAAUGUUUGAAGUAGUUUCUGGAUUUGAUUAUAAACCAUUCCAAAUAGAAGUGGAUCCUUGUAAUGGUUAUUUAUUUUGGACUACAAAAGUUGGUUUAUAUCGUUUGGACUUGAAUAAAAAAGUAAACAACUUAAAAAUGGAAAUGUCAAGCAUGUUGAUACUACAAAACAAAAAUAUUGGUCCUUUUGUAAUAGAUUAUUUAAAUUUUUGUUUAUUGGUGUUAUUCCAAAAAAGUAACACAAUUAUGUCUGUUUCGUUAGAUGGUCAAGAUGUAACAGAUAUUAGAAAUAAUACAGAAACAGCUUUAUUUGAAGAUGCUAUAACUUUAACUAAUGUUAAUGGUUCAUUUUAUUGGUCUAAUGGUUCAGUACUAAUGGGUGAAGAAUAUUCAGUCAAUGAGCAAAAAUAUUAUCAACAUAUAUAUCCAACUAUGAAUUAUUCAUAUAAUUUUAUACUAUCCAAUUUUACUGAUAGACAACCAGUACCACUUCCUAGAAGUCCACCACAAUCUUUACAAGCAAUUACUACAUCUAACAAACUAAAAGCUACAUGGCAGGUUCCACAUUUAUUAAGUGGACAAGGGCGCAAUUCAUGGCAAGGAUGGUCUUAUCGAUUUUCAAUAUCAUUUGAAAAUGAAACAAAUUGGAAAAAUAUUGAUGUUAAUAAAACAGAAAUAGUUAUUGACUCAUUGACUUCUAGUACCAAUUAUGUUUUAAAAGUAGCUGCUUACUCCUCUUCUGGCCAAGGGCCCUGGUCUUCAGAAUUUGUUGUUAAAACACUAAAUCAUAAUGUAUCUGUACUUUGGGGAAAUGCACAACAAAUUUUAAUUUCUGAUAUCAUGGGUGAUUACAUACAAUCAAUUUCACUUGAUGAAAAUGAUAAAACAAUUAAAAAUUCUUCAUUAAAUGAUGUUGCUUGGUAUGAAGAUUGUGUUUAUUAUGUUGUAAACUCAAGCAAAAUUAAUUGGCUUAAUUUAACAAGUCACCAAAAUAGUACAUUAGAAGGUAUUAAUAGUGUUCAAAGUAUAGCAAUUGACUGGUUGGGUCGGAAAAUAUACUGGGCAGAUCCAUCUAAACAAUUAAUUUUAAGAGAAAAUUUAUUUGGUGGACAAAGAGAGAUACUUUUAGUAUCUGAUAUUGCUAAAGAAUUGAAAGUUGAAUCGGUUGGUGGUUAUUUAUACUGGUCAACAGGGUUUUCAGUCAAAUCUUCAAAACUCAAUGGAAAAGAACAGCAAAUUUACUAUAGUGCUGAUUACUUUUCAGGAAAAAAAGUUAUGAGCUUAGCUGUUGAUUCUGUUGGUCGAUGGGUGUAUUGGAUACUCAGAGAAAACGAUAAAUCAAAAUUAUUCCGAGCACCUACUGCUGAAAAGCUCAAAGAUUUUGUUCCUAACCAUGUUAAAGAGUUUGAUAACUUAUAUACUCAAGGACCUUUAUUCUAUGUAGACUGUCAUUUGCUGUGGCUUCAAAAUGGUAAUGACAUAAUGAUGAGUGAUACAGAUGGCCAAUAUCCAGCAAUCAUAAGAGCUAUGAACUUAAAUGGUAUACAGACCUUUAGUGUGCUUGACCCAUAUGCUCAUCCAAAACCAAAAGGAUUAGAAACAAAUGUUAUUCCAGAAGAAGUAGAUAUAAAAAUGAUCAAAGUAAAUCCUAUAGCUGGUGUAUAUGAAAUUAUUUGGGAGCCUGUUAAAAAUGUUAAUCAUGGGUUGGUUUCUUAUACUGUCAAAGUUUUGGAAAAAGAAGACUUGAAAGGAGAUUCUUUAUUUGACACACCAAAUACUAGAGUAUUAGUUGAUAGUACUCCAUUGGAAAUCAGCAUUAAAGCUUCUACAGUUUGGGGUUCUUCAGAUGUAGUGACAAUAUACACACCAAUCCCUUCAGAACCUACAGACAUUCGAAUAUUUUCAAAUUUUAGUUAUAAUAAUCUGACUAGAGAUAUUAUACUACAACAUUCAUUAAUUGAAAAUAUUACAUACUAUGAAAUUGUGUGCUAUCGUCAAGUAAAAGAUUCUUGGGAAGUAUGUUUAAAUCAAGUUAUCAAAUCAACAAAUACGAGAACAAUAUGGCCAGGACUUCCUGUUAAUUCAGAUAUUUUUUUUAAAAUAAGAGCUUGUUCUAUGGCUGGUUGUAGUGGAUGGACUCAAGACAUUAUACUUAAUCAAACUUUUAACAUUUUGAAAUUCAAUGCUGCUAUAGUGUAUGGCUCUAAAAUUAUAAUUUUUCAUUUAAAUAAACAAAACAGUCAUCAAGUUAUAUUACAAACAAAUAGUCCUGUUACUAGUCUUACUUUAAAUGAUCUAGAAGAUGUAGUAUUUUGGACCAACAGUAAAACUAUAUUUAGUUCGCCAAUAAAUAAAUCAAUUCAUAUUAAAAUUUAUUCAAUUUUAAAACAAAAUAUAAAAAUUGAAAAUAUAUUAUUUGAUUGGAUAUCAAAAACACUUUUUUGGUGUGAAGUUUCUGAUAAUCAAUCAACAAUUAUGGCAAUGAAUAUUGAGAAAAACAAGGAAGCAAAAGUAUUAAUGGUGAGAUCAAAUAGAAUAUUCCCAUAUUCAGCUGUUCUUUCUGAAGGUUUAUUUAUUUGGAUUGAGAAAAUAUCAGAUUCUAAUGAAAAUAAUUUAUUGAAAAGUAACAUUAAUGGUACAGAUAUUGAAACAUUUGUGUAUUCUAGCAACAGUAAUUGUAAUUGUACUAAUUUGUAUCCAUUUGAUAAUGUAUUGACCCUAUACAUGUCAAAUAAUGGUAAAGCAAGACUGUUAUGGGUAGAAAGCAAACAUCGAAAUAUUGUUGUCUCAGAUAUCAAUGGAUGUAAAUGCUCAAUUAUUUUUCUUGUGAAUUCUACUUCAAAUUUAACAUCGUUAGCAAUUGAUAAACACUAUAUUUAUUGGACAACAAAUAAAUCAAUGUGUUCAAUACCGUUUAAAGAAUUCAAUGAUAUACCCAUGAUUAAAGAUGAUACUUCAUUAUAUUGUAUAAAUAAUGUAACAUCUGUAUAUACAAUUGAUGGACUAUCUGAAUCAAAUAAAAAGCCAUGUCCUCCAGGAUUUCCUCAAGUAAAUCAAACAUUACCAUCUGUUUAUAUGGUAUACUGGGAGAAAUCUGAAUCACGUGUUAAAAGUUAUUCUUUAGAAAGAUUAAUUAUUACUGAAAUAAGAAAUAAAAGAAGUCUCAAUUUGAAUAUAACUAAUUGGACAACAGUUUAUAAUGGACCUGAGAGUCAUUGGUACAUGUCUGAUGUAAAACCAGAUGUUAUAUUUAAGUUUCGCGUUAAAGCAGAAAAUCACCAUGGCCGAUGGAGUGAAUAUAGAACAUCUGAUGAACCAUUUAAUCCUCAAUUUCAAGUAGAAACAUUAAAAAAUGAAGAUAUCUCAUGGAAAAUAAUAAUAACAGGAUUUAUUCUUAUUUGUCUUUUCUUGACAAUGUUAAUAAAAUAUUCUGGUUGGGAUACUUUUAAUACAAAAGGACCUAUGAGACCUGAUGUGGAAUUAGGGAGACUUAGAGAAAUGCCACAACGACCAACUUUCUGCCAUGCUGUGAAUGUGGGUUACCAAGGUGUCAUAUUAUACCAAAAAAAAGAUAAUAAUGAAUUGCCUAGUAUUAAACGUGAACAAAUAACACUUACAAAAAGAUUGGGUUCGGGAGCUUUUGGAGAAGUUUUUGAGGGCAAAGUUAAAGAUAUAAUACGAGGAGAAACUGAAAUACGUGUUGCCAUUAAAUCAUUAAAAGAAGGUGCUACUCAAAGUGAAGUUGUAGAAUUUAUAAAAGAAGCUAAAUUAAUGAAUAAUUUCAAGCAUAGACAUAUUUUGCAAUUAAUUGGAGUGUGUUUGGAUAAUGAUCCUAAUUUUAUUAUUAUGGAACUUAUGGAAGAAGGAGAUUUAUUAAGUUAUUUAAGAAAAAAUAGACCUACUAGUACAACCAAGUCAAGUUUAAAUCUUAUUGAUCUGAUCAGUAUGUGUAUUGAUGUAGCUGAAGGGUGCUCAUAUUUGGAACAAAUGCAUUUUAUUCAUCGAGAUUUAGCGUGUCGUAAUUGUUUAGUAUCAUCAUCUAAUCCUAAAGAAAGAAUAAUCAAAAUAGGAGAUUUUGGAUUGGCAAGAAAUAUUUAUACACAUGAUUACUACCGAAAAGAAGGGGAAGCUUUGCUGCCAGUUCGUUGGAUGUCACCAGAAUCUCUUGUAGAUGGAGUUUUUACUAGUCAAUCUGAUGUUUGGGCUUUUGGUGUUUUGUUAUGGGAAAUAAUGUCUUUGGGUCAACAGCCUUAUCCAGGACUGUCUAAUAUAAAUGUCAUGUAUCAUGUUCAACAUGGUGGAAGGCUUGAAAAACCAAUCAAUUGUCCUAAAACUUUGUAUAAUUUAAUGCUAAAAUGUUGGAAUGUUGAACCAGAAAUUCGUCCAAGGUUUGAAUUCUGUUUGAAAGUAUUAAAAUCAUACAAGGCUAUGCCGUUGGAUUAUGUUAACAUCUCUCAUGAUCCCCAACUACACAAUGUAUCACUAUCAUCAGAGAAAUACUCAGUUGACCUCCUUACAUAUAUAGAUUCACAAUCAAAAUUGUCUCAUCCCAUAAGUAAUGAAGGAUAUGAAAUACCUGUUAAAAUUACUAACAAUGAGUACCUUGAGCUGUGUAGUGAUACAUGUGAAUAUCUAGAUUUAUCUAGAACACCAACAGUACAUAUGGUUGAUGGUAAGGAUUCAGAAGCUGAAUCAAUUCCUGAAGAUAUUCAUUUACUAUAUUGUAACAUGAGUGCUGAACAAUUAUAGAAUUAUUAAAACAAUUUCUCAUACAUAUAACUGCUGGCAAAAGACUUAAUAAUUUAUUUUGUUAAUAUAUAUAAAUGAUGUAAUAGAGUAAUAUAAUUAUUACUCUAAUUU